AUCUUGAUGGAUUAUUGAAUCUGAAGAAUUCCUCGGAGGGAUUUUAUACUUUUAGUUUUUGGUGUUUUUAGUUUGUGAAGUGAUCAGAUGAAGAUGUUCUCCUCCUCCUCCUCCUCCUCCUCCUCCUCCUCUCCGAUCUCCACGAUCCUUCACAUGGCUGCGCUCCUGCUGCUGGCGGAGGCCAUCCACCCAGACUGUGCCCUGGUGGUCCAACACAUGAAAGCUCAAGAAGAAUGCUACCAGAUCCUGAAACAGGAGGAGAACAACCACUCCAACAGGACAGGUUGUCCGACGGCGUGGGACCAGAUCCGGUGCUGGUCGGGGGCGGAGGUGGGUCAGGUGGUCAGCGUCUCCUGUGCCAACGUCUCUCAGCUGUUUGCUAACAACAAAGGGUUCAUCUACAGGAACUGUACAGCAGACGGCUGGUCCGACCUCUACCCGAAUUAUGAGGACGCCUGCAGCUUCACAGAGUACCAGGACACAGAGCCAGAGACGACGUACUUCUCCACCUUUAAGCAGGUGUACACGGCGGGCUACGCCACCUCGCUGAUCUCUCUCAUCUCGGCCAUCUUUGUCUUCACCGUGUUCAGGAAGUUCCACUGCACCAGGAACUACAUCCACAUCAACCUGUUCUUCUCCUUCAUCCUGAGAGCCAGCGCAGUCUUCAUCAAAGACGGAGUUCUGUUCUCUGACGAAGACCUGGACCACUGCUUCAUGUCCACUACUUCCUGUAAAUCGGCCGUGGCCUUCUUCCAGUUCAGCAUCCUGGCCAACUACUUCUGGCUGCUGGUGGAGGGCAUGUACCUGCAGACGCUGCUGGCACUCACCUUCGUCUUCCAGAAGAAGUACUUCUGGUGGUACAUCCUCAUCGGCUGGGGUCUGCCAACAACCAUCAUCACCGCCUGGAUUCUCACCAGAAGCUUCUACGAUGACAGAGGGUGCUGGGACGACACAGAUGUGGCCUUCGUCUGGUGGAUCAUAAAAGCUCCAAUAACUGCAUCACUGCUGGUGAACUUCAUCAUCUUCAUGAACGUGAUCCGCAUCCUGGUCCAGAAGCUCAGAUCUCCAGGCGUCGGGGGCAACGACACCAGCCACUUCAAGCGUCUGGCCAAGUCCACACUGCUGCUCAUCCCUCUGUUCGGGAUGCACUACAUGGUGUUCGCCUUCCUGCCGGAGAACACGGGAGCCGAAGCUCGAAUCUUCAUCGAGCUCGGCCUCGGAUCCUUUCAGGGAUUCGUCGUGGCGCUGCUCUACUGCUUCCUGAAUGGAGAGGUGCAGGCGGAGCUGAAGAAGCGGUUCUGGAAGUGGCAAACUCAGAGUUACCUGAGCUACAGCAAGCGCCGCCGCACGCUCUUCACCGACAGCAGCACGCUGACGCAGAUCUCCGUCCUGGACAAGUCCAGCCCCAAAGACACGCUCACCGCCAGCAACGUGUCCUCCGUCUGAGGGACACGUCCUGCUACGUGUCCUCCGUCUGAGGGACACGUCCUGCUACGUGUCCUCUGUCUGAGGGACACGUCCCGCUACGUGUCCUCCGUCUGAGGGACACGUCCCGCUACGUGUCCUCCGUCUGAGGGACACGUCCCGCUACGUGUCCUCCGUCUGAGGGACACGUCCUGCUACGUGUCCUCCAUCUGAGGGACACGUCAUGCUACGUGUCCUCCAUCUGAGGGACACGUCCUGCUACGUGUCCUCCAUCUGAGGGACAUGUCCUGCUACGUGUCCUCUGUCUGAGUUGUUCAUUUUGUUUCUACUUGAGACGGUGGUUUAGUAUUUCUACAGGAGACGGUGGUUCAGUGUUUCUACUUGAGACGGUGGUUCAGUGUUUCUACAGGAGAAGGUGGUUCAGUGUUUCUACUUGAGAUGGUGGUUCAGUGUUUCUACUUGAGACGGUGGUUAUGAGUGUUUGUACAGGACACGGUGGUUCAGUGUUUCUACAGGAGAAGGUGGUUCAGUGU